AUGUUAAAUAAAGCUCUUCGUACUUCUGAAGGUGAUAUUUUAUAUAAACUUCGUUCAUUUGUUCAAGAUUUAUUUCAACAAAUAGAAAAUGAAUCAGUAAAAGAUUCAAUAACAGUUUAUCUUGGACAAACAAUACAAAGAAAUGAUCUUGAUGAUUUACAAAGAAAUAUUUUAAAUAAUGAUCUCAUUAUAUUUCCUCAAUUUUUAUUUGGUUCAACGGAUCAAAUACAAGCUAUUCGUGUUGCUAAAGAAAUUCCAGUUUUAUCUAAAGAUUAUAUACCAAUUAUUAUUCAUAUUGAUAUACCAGAAAAUUUUAAAUGUGCUAAUAUAAGUUCAAAUCGAUAUUCCAUUAAUAAUGAUAAUGAUGUUUUAUUAAAUAUGGGUGUUAUGGGACGUUUAAUUAAAGUUAAAAAAGAAAAUAUUCAUGACAAUCAGAUUGCUUCUAUUCAUUUAAAAUUAGUUAAAUGUGAAAAUGAACAAAAUAUUCAACAAAUACUUGAAACUAAGCGAGCAGAAAUUAAAAGUUUUUCUCAAUUAGUUACUCUAAUAAAAUUAAUGAUUGCAAUGAAACAACUCACAUUAGCUGAACAUCUGCUUGAAACAAUAUUUAAUGAUGAUACUUUAAAAGAAGAUACAAAUACUCAGACUUCAAUAGCUGCUGGUUGUCUUGUACUUGCAACAUCACGUCGUAAUCAAGAUGAUUAUAAACGUGCUCUUGAAUUAUAUCUUCUUUCAUUGGAUGCAUUUCGUCGAUUUAUUUCACCGAACGCUUUUGAAUUAACUCCACUUUACGGUAAUAUUGCUGGAAUGUAUUUACGUCUAGAUGAUUUUGAAAAAUCUCAUGAAUAUUAUAAAAAAGCACUUGAUGUACAACUUUGUUCAAACACUCCAGAUUUCGCUACUAUUAGUAAUUUUACAAAUAAUAUAGGCAUUAUUUUAUCAAGACAAGGAAAAUAUGCUGAUGCUAUUAAAUCAUUUCAACGUACUUUAAAAAUUCUUGAACAAGUAACUGAACCACAUGAUAUAGAAUCUGCAUUAAGUUAUGAAAAUAUGGGUGAUACAUAUCUUCUACAACUUAAAUAUAACGAGGCUAUAAAUUGUUAUAAAAAAUCAAUUGAAAUUCAAGAACGUUUUGUACCACGUAAUCCUAGUAUAUUAGGUUCUUCUUAUCAUAAUAUUGGAAAUGUUUAUUUAAAAAUUGGUCAAUCUCGUGAAGCAUUAGUUUAUUUAAAACUUGCUUUAGAAUGUCAACAAGAAUAUUUACCAUCAACUCAUCCAACAUUUGCAUUACUUUAUAAUAAUAUUGGUUUAAUGUAUUAUCGAGAAGAACAAUAUUCAGAAGCAUUAACAUGUUAUUCUAAAAGUCUUGAAAUUGCAUCAAUAUCUUUGCCCGAAAGUCAUUCAUUAGUUGGUACAACACUUUUUAAUAUAGCACUUGUUUAUUCAGUUCAAGAGAAAUUCGAUGAAGCUAUAGAGAGUAUAGAAAAAUCAACUGAACAAUUUUUAAAAACAUUACCACCUGAUCAUCAAGAUGUGAUAGAAAAUAAAGCAUAUAUUGAAUCGAUUAAACGAAAAAAAAUUCUAAAAGAACUUUUUGAUGAAAGAUCUGAUGAAAAUGUAACAAGUUUUUAA